UCAUUACCCUCAGCGAUAAUUUAAGCAUUUUUUUGCUGUGAUACCGAAAAUUAAAAAAUAUUCUUGUGAGUGCUUGUGCUUAACAAUGAAUUCACUGUGGAAAAUAAUUUCGCUGCAGAAGCGCAUUAAUAGUAAAGGUAUCAUAUUACGAUCCGUUUGCUCCUAUCUUCGAGUAUGCCGUGGGAACUACAACCUAGAUUUUAAACCCAGCAUUGGUUAUCAAUGUAUUCAAAGUGAAAUGUGCAGCACCUCCGCCUCCCAGCCACGGGAGAGUUUUGAUGAUUUUCGAGCUCGAGAAGAGCAAAAAGAAAAAGAAGCGUUACACCAAAAUUCACCGAACAACAAUAACAAAAAACAAGAAGACCAAGACGAUGAAAAAGUCUUAGCUAUAAAGGAAUCGAUUAUGAAUGCAGCUCUAGGUUUUGUUCUUACCCAUGGCUGGUCCAAACAAGCCAUUGCGAAAGGUGCUGAGAGUGUUAAUUAUCCCAGCGUGGCUAACGGAUUAUUUCCGCGAGGUGGUAUAGAGUUAGUCCAAUUUUUCUACAGACAGUGCAACGAAAAACUAGUACAACAUUUGAAACAAGAAACUUCCGGGACAGAAAAAGUAAUUGAUCCUGUAUCAUUUGCAAGAAAGGCAAUUGAAGUGCGAUUACGAAUGUUGACUCCAUACUUGAAACAUUGGCCUCAGGCGUUAGGUCUCAUGACGCUACCACCAAAUGUUCCAACUUCAUUGGCAAAUGUCCUUACUCUAGUAGAUGAUAUUUGUUAUUAUGCUGGUGACCGUUCUGUCGAUUUCAAUUGGUACACUAGGCGCGUUGGACUAGCGAGUAUUUACAAAACUACUGAGUUGUACAUGUUACAGGAUAGUUCGACUGAUUUCGAGAAAACUUGGAAAUUUUUGGAACGACGUAUAGAAGAAGCUAGUUUAGUGCAUGAUUUUCUGGUAAAAUCAGAAGGUGCAACGUCGCACAUACAAAAUGCCGUUGGUUCAGCUUUUGCCACCGCACGAAAUAUCCUAGGGCUAAAUUUUGAAAGGCGAUGAUAUCAAUACCACGCGCGUAAUAGAAAUACAGGACCUACUCUUAGGAAAGGGUAAGCUUUGAUUUUGUUAUUCUAUGUCGUAGUUCACUUAAUAAACAGCGUCAAAUGA